CGCAAAAAAAAGAAAAGGUAACCAGAUGCGAUGGUCGUCUAGUCCUCAGCCUCGACCUGGCCGGGCCGAUGGUGUCGAGAGGCCGCGCCGGACCCCCACGCGCCAUUAUCCAACCGCGUGGUGUGCACGAGUCAAGGCGGUGAGGGCGUAUGUGGAGAGGGCGUUCCUGUGCCGUCGUCGGUAUCUGGAUGCUACGUGGAGUACUGCGUAGUACAGUGCACACUUGCUCAUGGCGUAUAGAUCUAAGAUUCGUGUGCUACACAUCUGCUAUGUAUGUACAUGCAUUCAUGCAUGCAGAGAGAGAGAGAGAGAGAGAGAGAGAGAGAGAGAGAGAGAGAGGGACAGACGGCAGGCAGGCAGCCCGUAGUGCUCUAGUGGUACUCGCCUCCCCCAGCCAGACGCGGGGUGCUGCAUGCUGUGUGACCUGGCUGUGACAUAUGUAGUAGGUAGAUAUGUAGGUAGGUAGAAGUCGAGGUCGUGGUAGUAGUGGUGGUGGGUAGGGCAGGGCAGCCGGUUCCUGAGAGAUGGGAUGGGCAGUGCGG